CUCGGGGCGGCCGCUCCUCGCGUUCCUGCGCUCACCCCGCGCGCCGCGGCGGCCCGAGCUGACGACUUAUGAGAGUAAAUGGGUCCAGUAAUUGGAAUGACUCCAGACAAGAGAGCUGGCGCCCCGGGAGCAGAGAAGGUCGCAGGGCUCUGCCAGAUCGACCGGAUGGGGAGCCUGCCCGAGGCUGCCAACGCUGCGGGCCCGAAGGCCACGCUGGUGGGCAGUGACUCGGCCGACGACGAGCUCACGAACUUGAACUGGCUUCACGAAAGCACUAACCUUCUCACAAACUUCAGCCUGGGGCGGGAGGGUCUUCCGGUGGUUAGCCCCUUGUACGACAUAGGGGAGGGCGACGACGUGCCGUCUUUUGGGCAGUCUUGCUACCAGAACCCAGAGAAGAAAUCGGCGACUUCGAAGCCUCCGUACUCCUUCAGUCUUCUCAUUUAUAUGGCCAUCGAGCACUCUCCAAAUAAAUGUUUGCCCGUCAAAGACAUUUACAGCUGGAUUCUGGACCGCUUCCCGUAUUUUGCUACCGCGCCGAUAGGCUGGAAGAACUCCGUGCGGCAUAACCUGUCCCUGAACAAGUGCUUUCAGAAAGUAGAAAGAAGCCACAGCAAGGUUAAUGGAAAAGGUUCCUUAUGGUGUGUUGAUCCAGAAUAUAAACCCAAUCUUAUGCAGGCUUUGAAGAAGCAACCCUUUUCUUCUCCACAAAGUGGUUCCUUGUCGCCUCACUACCUAAGCUCCGUUCUCAAGCAGAGUCAGGUGCGCGCCCUCAAAGAGUCUGAUAUCGACGCUGCCACUGCAAUGAUACUUCUAAACACUUCUAUAGAACACGGGAUCCUAGAAUCCGAAAUAACAGGUGACCCAUUCAUAGAGCUUCCGCUGUCCACAGGCGACAAGCCCCUUCCUCUGAAAACGUCCCUGCAGAACAAGAGGAGUUACGGCCACGCCUUUGACCCCCCGGGGCACGGCCGCGCGGGGCACGGGGACAGCGAGCCCGCGGCCGCCGGCGUGGACCCCAAGGCCGAUCACAACUACAGCGCCAGCAGCCUGGGCGGCCGGGGCAGCGCGUCCUCCCUGUCCUCCGGCGAGGACGGGGGCGGCCUCGUCCCCAAGAGCAGCCGGGCGGGCAGCGAGGGCUUCCGCAGCGAGGACGACACCGACGGGGACGACGACGACGAGCCCCUCGCCGACGGCGGCUACGGCCCCCGGCUGCCCCCGGCCCGCGCCGGCGCCCCCGAGAGCGGGCAAGAGGGCCCGAGGGCGCGCGAGCCGCCGGGCCCGGAGAUCGACGAGGAGCUGCAGGAGGCGGCGGGCUCGCUGCUGCACCUGGCCGGCGUGCGCACCUGCCUCGGCUCGCUGAUCAGUGCCGCCCAGGCGCAGAGCCGCAGCCCCAGGAGGAAGUAGGGGGACCCGCGCCCCAGACGUCACCCUGUCCUUCCGCGCGGAGCGCAAAGCCAUAAUGGACUG